UCUUCAUACGAGACUGAACAUUUUUUGUGUUAGUACCGGCGAGUCGUGGCGCUCGUCUGUCAAAGAGGCUACGGGCCGACGAGUGCCAGUAUGGUGUGCGCGACGUGUGAUACGAAAAGCCACCGUUAAAUCGCAUACGACGAGCUUGGAGUAGACGCGAUUUCCUUUAAAGUGCGGUGGCGAAAAGUAGACAGAGCGCGUCAAGAGCAAGGGAAAUCUCGGAGUAGUGUCGGAUAAUUUGUGUGUAGUGCCGAGACUGCGGUUUAUGCGCGUGUGUCAUGGUUAAAUUCAAGAUGCUAAUCGCGCUGUUCUGCGUUCUGUUGAUUGGACAUCAUGUACAAGCGGUAGUCAACAAGGCGACCUCGCAAAUACCAUUAACCAAGGAAGAAGAGAAACCCACGAAGGCCAAAGCCGACGAUAGAAUAAGUAAUACUUUCGAUUCUCCGUCUGACGAGUACGGGCCACCGUUAGGAUCGAGUUUUAAUGGACCGGCGCCGAUAUACGGACCUCCGGAGUUAGUCGGCAGCCUUGGACCAACGCCCAUUUAUCCACCGCCACCGCCGGAAUUACCGCCACCUGUAUUUGGACCGCCGGCCGUUUCAUACGGGCCUCCACGAAGUAUUAAGCCACAAUACGGGCCACCGAAACAAAGUUUCGGUUUGGCAAUAUCGCCCGUUCUUUCGAAGCCUGCUUACAGCCCGCAAAAGCUUCAUUAUGGGCUGCCGAAGCAACAUUUUACACCGCCGUCGGCUUCGUUCCCUUCGUUUAUAUCACCGAAACCUCAAUACGGUCUGCCAUUGAAGUUCAUUGGUACAUCGAGCCAGCAAUAUAUAUCGCCGCUACCGGUGAAUCAGCACGGGCCGUCCAAGCCGGGUCACGGACCACCUAUUCCUAUAUCGCUCGAGACUUACGGUCCGCCGCCUCCGAAAUUAGCUAUUCAAUUUAAUCCUCUGCCCAAUGACGAGUACGGUCCACCACCGCCGCCCGUAUCCGCUCCGCAACCGCAAUACGGUCCACCGGCUGGUGAUUUAUACGGACCUCCGCCACCAGCACCUCCGCCAGGAGUUCCAGCGCCACCCACACCACCUGACAUAAAGUACGAUGGAUGGCAGCCUAUCGCCGGAGUGGCCACUUCUCCCAAACAAAGUGGUCCGCCGACAGAUACAUAUGCCGCUCCUCUCGAAGCGAAGCACAAUUAUAUCGAAAGUUCAUCCUCCCUGGGAUCGCAAUUAUCUCAUGCCGCCCUGAGUGUCGCAGCGAAUUCGAAUGUGCCUAGCGAUUCUUACGGUGUGCCGUUAAAUAAUCCGGAGGAUCACAAUUUGAAGACCUCCGUGCAUGAAUCCUCGGCUUCCUCGGAGAGCAAUGGAUUACCGCCGCCGGCGUUGCCGCAACACGAGCCUUUACACAAUAAUCAAGGUCCAGGCGUCAUCGCUACGAUCAGCCAAUCCGAUCACCAGUUCGGUCGGCAACAACUGCAAAACUUACAGCAAGAAACGCCGAACGUCGAACCGUUAUCUAUUGUAAAAACAGUAGGAUUCGAACUAUUGCCCACAACGGGCGCUUUGAAUGGGGGAGAUCUCUCAGGUUUAUCGUUAUCAGGUGGCACUCCCGAUGCCCCGUCGUACAAUCAUAUCUCGAAUUCGAUUAACGCCAAUUCCGCUCCGCUUCACUCGGAAUCGAACGAUGAAAAUUCUCACGCUAACGUAUUAAACAAUGGCGGAGAUUCUCACGGAUUCCAGAAUAUAGAGAACGAUCUGUCCUUGCAGCAGCUACCGCAGGCGACGCCACCAAACGAUUAUGGCGCACCCUUAACAACCACGACUUUUGGACAACCCGGUGAUUUUAUAUCAGGGACAGCCUUGCUUUCUCCUCCGCCUUUAGAUACUUAUGGCGCGCCACCUCCGUCUUCUUACUCGCCCACUGGACCUUAUUCGGCAGCGCAAGGAGGACGAGGUGGACCACUGUUUUCGUCAUUCGGAAUAUUCGGAAGCUCCUUUAACAAGCAAAAUCUGCAUCAUCACAGACAUCAUGGUCCAUUUAGGCCGCCGGCGAUUCCUCCCGGUUCUUUGAUACCACCGCGGAACCGAGAACCGAUAAAAUUCAGGGAACCGAUACCGACGAGGCUCUUAUCAAAUAUUAAUCGAUACUUACCGCCACCUACAAAACAGCACUUGCCGAACAUUCACGUGCCAGUAUCUUUUCGCCAUACAUCGGGAUCGAGCAAUUCAUUCCCCGGUUCUUUCGGCUCGUUCAACGUGCAUAAUUUAAAUUCUGCGAUUGCUGCGCCGCAUGUUCAAUACGGAACGCCAUUAUCGUUUACUGAUUUCAACACACCGGCGCCUCAUUUAACUUACGGAGCGCCUAACUUCGGUCCACCGACCGCCUUCAUCUCAACGUCUUCCGGAUUCGGUAGUAAUCUCUAUAGCGGGAUUAAUAACGCGCUGACAGCCACAUAUGGCACGCCUGUGGUGAACGCGCCAUCAAUCGGUGGCGGUCACGACUGCAAUUCUUUGCCACUGUUGCCUGUGAACGAAGCGUUACAUUCAAACAGAGGAUAUUCCGUGAACGGAGAGCUACCUUUAAGCGGUAGUUUAGCUUCAAGCGGAGAAUCGCAUUCCACCGGAGAGCUGCACUUGAGUGGAGGCUUAUCUUCGGGCGGUGAAGUGCCCUCGGGCGAGGGGCUAUCAUUGGAUGCUGGAUUAUCCACGCAUGGAGGCGCGCAUUCUAAUGGCAAGCUACAGCUCGGUUACGAAAAUGUAGGGACUUCCGGCGUGGGAAAUGAUUUAUCCGAGAAUAAUCAUCAAAAUUCCAUUUUUGCGGACAAUGCAUUGCCGCUUAUUAAGCCGCUUGAUAACUUCCUGGGAGGUCCGUCGGUGAACACGCUAGAUUUGGAACAUAACGAACAACAGAAGACGAAUCUCAAAGACAGUUACGGGAAUCCCAUAGGAUUAACUUACGAUUCGUCCAAUGAAGCAAGCGCUGUUCACGCGUCCGCCACGGAUGUUUCGAACGAGCUCCCGUCUAGUCAGUCCCAGAACAGCUAUUCCACGGCAUCGUUUGAGCAAAGCUCGAAUGGAAUAUCGGCUGCAGCGUUGACAGCAAGCUUGACCGCGCAAGCCUUUGGCCAACAGAAGAAUCUCGAGUUAAACGAGGUGGACGCUAGUCAAUUCUUGAAAUCGAACGAAGGUAGCGAGGCAUUGUCUCUGGCGCAACGGCUGACCGCCGACAAUGCCGAUGAUUUUGAGAUUCAAGGUUCCAAGGGCACUUACAGAUUGCAGAUACAAGCAGCAGACGGAGGCCUCGGCACCGAGAACUCGGAUGGCAGCAUUAGACACGAUCAGGUAUUGUCUGAUGGCCUACUUCAAGAUAUACUGGCAGCUAUAGAACAGCCGGGGAAUGGUCCUAUACAAUUACAAAGCACGCCGCAAGUUCAGCAAUUGCAAAAAAUGUUUGAUCUGCCGCAAGAGACCGGUGGCAUUAAUGGUCAUUUUAUCACUAUAGAUAAUCAGGAACAGAACAAAUUACAAAAUCAAGUCGGAAAAGUCAACGAGAAACGCGAAGAUACAAAGUAUUCCAAAAAUCAGCCUUCAAUCGCAUUAUUUUUUGAUACUAAAUACGGUGAAACGAGAAAAGAAAUCAGGUCUGUGUCGAAAAGCGAAAUGCAGGUCGCGAAGACAAAUGAGCAAAAUAACAGUAAAACAAAUUCCUUCUCGUCUUUUAAAUCAUAAUAAGUGUCUUUGUAAAAAUAUUUGAUAAGUAUUUUUAAUAAUAAUCUUGAUCGCUCUAAUUCAUAUCGUAAAGACUUUUGAUUUCCGACAAGAAAAGAUAUUGCUGUUAACGUGAUGCCAUUUAUAUUCUUUGCUUGCGGUCGACCAAUAAAAUAUUUUGGUGAAAGUUUUUAAAUCUAUCGAUAUUCGCGAUAAAAUAUUUAAUUUCUUGUAUAGUGAUAUUUGAAGCGUUACACAUUUUUUGGUGAUAUUUUUGAUUAAACGUGCAGCCGUUGAAUACGAACGAUUAUAUUUCUACAUAUUAACAAACUAAUAAUAAGAUUUUUAUUUUCAAAUAAAUUGCAAUAAAUUGAUUUGCAAUUUAAUGUUAAAACCUUCAAAACUUGUUUUAUUUCUUUAUUUUUUAAAACUGUGUAUAUUUUUAAUUAUUUUAUUUAUUUUUUUAAAUUGUUUUAAGUAAAAAUCUAAACUUAUACAAUUUCAAGUAAUAAUAUUCUUUAAAAAAGGUUGAUUAGUUGAAAACUAGAAUUAGAAGGCAUAAACCGUGGCAUGAAAGUUUAUGUAAUCUAUUUCUUCUUAUUUGCUCGCAAGUAAGCGAAAGUAAUAAUUACUUAUUGGCCAGUAUAUCGAUGACAGGUUAUUAGACGAGUCAUCUGCUUGCACAAGAACUUUUCAUCUUCUACCAAGAUUGCGAGAGUAUGAUUGUAGAAAUAAACACGAGUAUCCUCGAUACUUUUAUCGUGUAAGAAGAUUUUGCAUUUAUAAAUAAUGAUCCUGUGUUAUCGGGUCAAAUGUUUACUGAGAUCCGAAGGAGACAGAAUCCAGAACGCUUCAUCAAUUUUCCGUGUCCUCGCGUCAGCGGCUUAUCUUAUCUUUGUAAAUGGAAAUUUCGUCGGCUCGAUGAUCCUUUCAAAAAAGAGCGAGGUUUAAGGAAAUUAUUCAAUAUCGAACGAUUUUUUUUGUCGGGAUAAUCGAUGCCACCACUUUCGGUCUAAUCUAACGAAAGUUAGCAUUCGCUCCUCUUGUCACGAUGUAAAUGAAAACGGUACACAAGAUAUUUCGCGCGUUUAUUAAUAUUCAUGUGGGUCAAUAGGUUACGGAACCGCUCUCAGGCGGAUUACAUAUACAGCCGGCGAUGUAGCUAUAUCCGCGUAAAAUCGCUUGGACGUUUUCCGGUCGGUGGAACAUGAUCGACAGCAAUGGUACCUUUCGCGGUUUCAGCCUUCAGCCGAGGUGAAAGUUCAAAACCUCGUUUAAUGACCCGGCGGAAUAGUGCCGAGCUCUAUGAGAAUUUCAUUCCGAGUGAAACGCAUUGCUCGUCUCUCUGCGGGCGUUCAAGCGCGGUUACGCUCGGUUUUGCAUGUCCUCGUCACCAGAUAACCGAAUGGAUACGUUUAGUCUACUGUUAUAUACCUACGUGUGCGCGAAAACAAUAAAGAGAAAGAGAAAAAAUGCGUGGUCGUACGCAUGCUUAAGGCGGAAAUGCGGAGCAAUCGCGAAACGUCGAUAUUAUCAAGGAGCACGAGAAUGCCAUGAGCAACGAAACGUUAUUUCCUUCCGCCGUGCGCGUAUUAACGAUCUUUAUGCGACUCACGAUUCGCAAUUCCGCGCGUAAGUUGAAAAUGAGUACGUAUAUCGUGAAAGCGCGCCGUUAAAAUCCCGAGUAAUCUUAAAGCUCUUGCAUUUUUAUGAUUUCGCCUGGCAAACGGUUAUGCAUAACUUGGUGUAUUGCAGAUACGUAAAAUAAGUAGAGCGUAUACGUUUAAGGGAGAGACGCUCAUUGUUGCGAAGUACGCAGUUACGAUACUGCCAAGCCAUAAAACGCAUCCACUUGCUCCUAACCCAUAUCUCCACCUACUUUUUUAGAAUUUUAAUUUAUUAUUUUAUAUAUAUAUAUAUAUAUGCGA